CAGGGAAAUUGGCUAGCACUGCCUGAGACUACUCCAGCCUCCCCCGUCCCUGAUGUCACAAUUCAGAGGCUGCUGCCUGCUUAGGAGGUUGUAGAAAGCUCUGUAGGUUCUCUCUGUGUGUCCUACAGGAGUCUUCAGGCCAGUUCCCUGUCAGAUGGCUUUUAUGAAAAAGCAUCUCCUCCCCAUUCUGGGGCUCUUCAUGGCCUACUACUACUAUUCUGCGUAUGAGGAAUUCAGACCAGAGAUGCUCCAAGGAAAGAAAGUGAUUGUCACAGGGGCCAGCAAAGGGAUUGGAAGAGAAAUAGCUUAUCAUCUGGCGAAGAUGGGAGCCCAUGUGGUGGUGACAGCGAGGUCAAAAGAAACCCUUCAGAAGGUGGUAUCGCACUGUCUGGAGCUUGGAGCAGCCUCAGCGCACUAUAUUGCUGGCACCAUGGAAGACAUGACCUUCGCAGAGCAAUUUGUUGUCCAAGCAGGAAAGCUCAUGGGAGGACUAGACAUGCUCAUUCUCAACCACAUCACCAACACUUCUUUGAAUUUUUUUCAUGAUGACAUUCACCAUGUGCGCAAAAGCAUGGAGGUCAACUUCCUCAGUUAUGUGGUCCUGACUGUGGCUGCCUUGCCCAUGCUGAAGCAGAGCAAUGGAAGCAUUGUUAUCGUCUCCUCUGUGGCUGGAAAAGUGGCUUAUCCAAUGAUUUCUGCCUAUUCUGCAAGCAAGUUUGCUUUGGAUGGGUUCUUCUCCUCCAUCAGAAAGGAAUAUUUAAUGUCCGAGGUCAAUGUGUCAAUUACUCUCUGUGUUCUCGGCCUCAUAGACACAGACACAGCCAUGAAGGCAGUUUCUGGGAUAAUCAAUAUGCAAGCAGCUCCAAAGGAGGAAUGUGCCCUGGAGAUCAUCAAAGGGGGAGCUCUGCGCCAAGAGGAAGUAUAUUAUGACCGCUCACUCUGGACCACUCUCCUGCUGAGAAAUCCAUCCAGGAAGAUCCUGGAAUUUCUCCAUUCAACGAGUUAUAGUACAGACAGAGUGAUAAACUAGGGACUCCCUGAGGGCUAGACAUGCCGAGGGAUCUUGGGACUAUUCUGUGUCAUAUUUAUCUGAGCUCUUAUCUAUGAAGACAUCUUCCCAGAGUGUCCCCAGAGACAUGCAAAUCAUGGGUCACACCUGACAAUGGGAAGGAAUUCCUCUAACAUUUGCACAAUGGAAAUGUAAUUAUAAUGAAUGCCAUGCACCGCUACAGCCUGCAGUUGUAAAAUUGUUAGUAACCAUAGGUAUAAUUACCAGGUAGUUAUAUUAAAUUUAUCUCUUAUACAUAAUAAUAUGUGAUGAUUAAUACAAAAUUAAUUAUAAUAAAGGUCACAUAAACUUUAUAAAUUCAUAACUGGUAGCUAUAACUUGACUUUAUUCAGGAUGGGUUCUUUAAAACCAUAAACUAUACAAAUGAAA